GCCGAGUGUAAUUUGCCCAUUCUCGGCGGAAGGACGCUCGAGGUAAGGUGUGGCCUUCGACGACUUGUGAUACAACAAAACGAGUUAAAACAAGAACGAAGACUUGAAGAAACUUAUAGUGAGUAAGUUCCUCUCUCCUCUUGAUCUCUUUCCAUCCAAACGAAACGAAAAAGAAACGGAAGUCAAAAAUAAGAAGAGAAGAGUGUCAAAAGGUAGAAAGAGACAGAGAGAGGUAGUGGGAGAAGGAGGGCAGAGAAGAAAAAGAGUGAACGAAGUGGAAGAGUUAAAAAGUGGGGGGGGUAGGAGAAAGGUGGAAAUUUAAUCGUACGCUAGCCGAGAAAGCAGUUACGAGUAGAAGACGAAACGACGCGAGCGAUGCUGGAAGGAUUCGUAAGGUGAAACGAAGAAGACGGGGACGAUCUCGAAUCGUCGAGAUACGUUAUCGAUAUCGAAUGAGUCGUUGAGCGCGCUGCUGCCGUUGACACGGGUCCAGCGUACGCUACGCAGCAUCCCCGUUGUUCUCUCUAUCUCUCUCUUUUUGUUUCUCUCUCAUUAUGUUACUCGUGAUCGUCACCGCCGUCAUCGGCAUCGUCAUCGUUUCGUGUCGUAGUUUGUAGAUCGUCGUUAAUUGUUUCUUCGUUAAUCGCUGUCUUUUUGGUGUUGUAUCGGCAUUCGUUCUAUCGUCAGUAUGAUGGUCCAUUCACGAAGUUAUCAUGUUUUACGUUGAUAAACGGAGAGAGAGAUAGAGUGAGCACAAAGAGGAAAAGAGAAGAAAAAGAAGAAGAGGAGGAGUAAAAGUAAGAGUAAGAGUAAGAGUAAGAGUAACAGUAAGAGUAAGAGUAAGAGUAAAGUAUAUAGGACGCUAACGAACGUAUGUUCGAAGAAAGGUGAAAACCAAAGAAUGGUUGAACGUAUGCGUCGGAGGAAACAAAAGGAUGAAACGUAUUUUAAAUGAUCUGUGCGACAAGAUAGGAUUUGACCCUUUUAGAAUAGUGAGAAAGAGGAGUUGGUUACUCGGCUGAUUGGGAAAUAUCUUGCGCGAGAAAGUUAUUAUCUCGGAACAUGCAUUUUUUGAACAAGCGUAAACAUUCCACAAGCGUGUCGUUAAUUGGACAUGUCUUAAUUUGCAAAAGGAUCAAUAAUCGCGACGACGAACCGACGGUAGAGGUGGAGAAGGUGGUGGAGGAGGAAUACAUACGACAUUAAUGUCGCAGGAAGUGAUGGGUAUGCAUGAGAGAUCACCGAACGAUGCGAUGUGAACGCGAUGUUGUAACGUCGUCGUCGUCGUCGUCGUGGGCGCUAAUGGAAUGUCUUUGGGAAAUACGUUCUACCAUAUAACUUAAAGUGCCAUUUCAUCAUAUCCAAUUAAUAUUUAAUAAUAAAUACACACAUUAUAUGUGGUCAUGUGCGUAACUUUGUUUUAUCGUUUAUAUAUGAAUGAACACAUGCAAUAAUUAAAUAAUUAUCUAAUAUUUACAUUCUUCGAUUAGUGUCAAAGAUAAAUAUAUUAAAUGAUACAUUCAAAACAUAUACAAACACAUUGGUUAUCAUCUGCAUAUAUUGGCAGUUAUUUGUAUAUAUAAAGAAUAUAAUAUAAGAAUACAUCUGCUUGUCUAUUAGUUAAAUAUUGGCAAUAUCGUUGAAGAGUUUUUAAUCCAUACACACAUUGUGCAUGACAAACUGUGAAAGAAGAAAGAAUUGAGAAAAAUAAAUGACCCUAUAUAAGGAUUUGAAGAAGGCAAAAGAAGAAAUGAUAAAAUGAAUUUUAAAUAUGAAUAUUUAUGGGAGUAAGGGAAUUCAUUUAUAGCUGUAAAUAAAUCAAGUCAAAAAGUAUGGCAGAUAAUCUCAUAGGGCCAGAUUGGCUCUUUAGAGAACUCAGAUCACAAGAUGGUACAAACAGGCUCCUUAUUUUAGAUUGUAGAGCUCAUUCAGAUUUUCUGGAAGCUCAUAUUAGAGGAUCUGUCUCUUUGGCUAUACCAAGUAUAAUGUUAAGACGAUUGGCUGCAGGUAAAGUAGAUUUGAUAUCAACGAUAAGGUGUUUAGACCUAAGAAACAGAGUAGAAGUUUUUCUGCAUGGAGAUAAGAAUAGCAGAGGAACAUUUGUGUUGAUUGGAGAUUCUACAGAUCCUGUAGGACACCAGGGUGAGACGAUUCAAGUUUUAAAUCGAAGACUUAGAAGCAAUGGUGGAAGCGUUGCUAUACUUGUUGGUGGUUUCAUAGCAUUUAGAGAUAAAUAUCCAGAAUGGUGUGAAUGUAGUCAAGCUAAUUUGGAAGGGUCACCUGGUCAAGACUCUAAUGAUGGGGAGUUGAUGGGUCUUAGAUCGCUUAGGAUAUCGUGUCCACCAAUAAGAGCAUUUUCUGAUUCAGAUAGCGAUAGUACAUGCGAUUCUGUUGGACCUGAAGAAGAUAAAGAUUUUCCUGUUCAAAUUUUACCUCAUUUGUACCUUGGAAAUGCAGCCAAUAGUGAAGAUGAAGAAGCUUUGGCACGACAUCAAAUACAAUACAUACUCAAUGUAACGCCAGAUUUACCAAAUGUAUUUGAAAGUGCUGGCUCUAUAAAAUACAUGCAGAUACCAAUAAGUGAUCAUUGGAGUCAAAACUUAGCCAGUUUUUUUCCACAAGCAAUUCAGUUUAUAGAGGAAGCACGGAGCUCAGACAAAGGAGUGCUGGUUCACUGUUUAGCUGGAGUAUCACGGUCUGUUACAAUUACUGUAGCUUAUUUGAUGCAUAAAUGCAGCCUCAGCCUAAAUGAUGCUUUCAAUCUAGUACGUAGUAGAAAAUCCAAUGUUGCCCCAAAUUUUCACUUUAUGGAACAACUGCUUAGUUUUGAAAGAGAAUUAAGAGAUAGAGAAGAUAGAAACAAAGGAAAUGAUCAAAGAUGUAUCGGGGCUUGCUUACCUGGUAGCACUUGUAAUUGUCCUGCACCGAGCUUUUUAAAUCCUGUUGAUUUGGGUCUUAGUCCAGAUUCAGGGAUAGAAUUUGAUAGAUGGGCAACUAGUACACCAGCUGAAUGAGACAGGCCUGGAGGGACCC